AAGGCCGUCUCCGCCCUGGCGCUCCUGUCACCCGGAGCUCCGGGCUCAGGACCCUUUCCGCUUCGCUGUUCCACUCUCAUAGGCUGGCGCGGUUGCCACGGCGCUGCUGCCGAAUGCUCCGCGGGGCCGGCUAGUACCAGAGGUGUCCUGGGUCCGGUGGCUGCAGCCGGUCGGCGGAGCAUGGGGCUGGUCGAGGUGCUGCAGAUCCUACUGGCUCUCGCUCUUGCAGCUCUGACCCUGCUUGUAUUUAUUGUGCAUGUGACAGCUAUAAAAAUGCCAAAUCUUGCUCGUGGAGAGAAAGAAAAAUAUUUCCUGAAUCAAAGUUCUGCUGGGAAGGAAUUGUUCCCCAGUAUCCAUGAUCCUUCCACUAAGGAACUAUCUGUUAUUGUCCCAUCUUAUAAUGAAGAACAAAGAUUACCUCUGAUGAUGGAUGAGGCGCUAGAAUAUUUGGAACAAAGACUGAACAAAGACUCUUCAUUUUCUUAUGAGGUGAUUGUGGUAGAUGAUGGAAGCAAAGACAAAACGACAGAGGUCGGUCUAAGAUAUUCUAAGAAAUACGGAUCUGAUAGGGUACGUGUACUAACACUAACAGAAAACCGUGGGAAAGGUGGAGCUAUUAAAAUGGGUGUACUGAGCUCUCGAGGAAGAUUUAUUCUGAUGGCUGAUGCUGAUGGAGCUACAAAAUUUGCUGAUAUUGAGAAAGUAGAAGCAGGCUUGAAAGCUCUGCAGCCAGGUCCGGAUAACAUGGCCAUUUCAUGCGGAUCUAGAGCUCAUUUGGAGAAAGAAACAGUAGCCAAACGUUCUUAUUUUCGGACGUUACUCAUGUAUGGGUUCCAUUUUCUGGUAUGGUUUCUGUGUGUAAGAGGAGUGAGGGAUACACAAUGCGGCUUCAAGCUUUUAACUAGAGAAGCAGCUCGAAGGACCUUCUCAACUUUGCAUGUGGACCGAUGGGCUUUUGAUGUGGAGCUUCUCUAUAUAGCCCAAUGUUUAAAGAUUCCAAUUGCAGAAGUUGCCGUUCAAUGGACAGAGAUAGAGGGAUCCAAGCUUAUUCCCUUCUGGAGUUGGCUACAGAUGGGUAAAGAUCUCCUCUUCAUUCGAUUACGUUAUCUUACCGGUGCCUGGAAUCUAGAAAUACCCAAAAAAGUUAAUUAAGUUAUUGCACUGUAAUUGAGAAGGUGAAAGGAAUCGUCAACAGAAAUAUAAUCAGGGGAUAUGAUGAAACAAGAAACUUGCUGUAGAUGGCAGCAAAGUUUAUUUUACUUUCAUUUUGUAAAUUGCAUGCCGGUGAAUAAAGUGGAAUAUACAGGUUGAA